AUGAGUUCUAGCGCAAGAGCCUUCCUGGCAGAUUUGGCUAAAGCGAGAGAAACACAAUAUGAUAGCAUUUCGGGAGUUCGACGAGGCGACUCCGAUGGCGAAGUAUCAUUGUUGUAUUCCAAUGACUCCUUGGAAGAGCCCUUGGAGAUAAAGAUACUUUCAAUGGAUGUGACGUCUUAUCCAGAUGAUUCGUGCUUCAUGGUAUUUACCUCGUCAGAAACUUGCGACACCAAAGUUCUCUCCCUUCUCGAACUCAUCUCAUCCUCGACGAGAGGAUCAACGUUGCAUGAAGUCAUUCAGACUGUGUCAGACCAGCUCACAGCAAGCUUUGAUGACACCCUCGAGUCCGGCUUUGGAAGCAGCGCCUCUCCAGACCAGGAUACCCCUGAUUAUGAAUUUUACGACUCUUUCGAGAUUAGCGAUGACGAAGCUUUUCCGCAAGUUGAGAAAAGCCGAGCCGAUGAGGAACUGCAGAGACUCUGCAAAGACUUGAAAACGGCUAAGGAAGCUGGGGUAACCGUUGGAAUUUUUCCAAAUACUGCCGAUCGCCCACUGGAGGUAAUAUCAUUGUCUAUCAGGAUUUCCAAGCUAGGUAUUACGUCGGAAACGAUGCAUGCUUGGGACAUCAAAGUGACUGAUUAUAUCGUAUUACUUAUGCGACUUCCAAAUGGCUAUCCGAGUAUAGCAACACUGCUUCAUUCAUCUCGGACACAUCCCGUCGUUCAAUUCAGAUUCGGAAGAUGCUCAUCGGCCAAGCCAUCUAUUGAGUCAGUGAGAUUGGCCUUUCAAUAUAGCCCGGCUGCAACUAAGAAUUCCGACAACCCGGAUAGCACACUUCCAGCGUUCUCCUCUGUUUGUAUGUCUAAUUCAAUCGAUAUGCUUUUCAAUAAGUCAUUUGUUAGUUUGUUAAGAUUUCGAAGAGCGUACGGACAUACUUGGGAUGAAGCGCAGGCCACCAUGCACGAAUAUAUCGGACGCAUCCAGUCAGAGAUUGCGACAGAGAACAAUAUGGGCUUAACGGGUGCGAGCCACGAGAUUCCAAUAUCAACACAUGCUCCUUCAAGUCUGCAACACGACUUUGCUUUAGAUGACGAGGCCAGCAUCAGCUUCCCACUCGUUGCAAUGCAAUUUGCUCUUCGUCGGUUCUGCAAGUGCACCGAAUAUUGCAUAGUCUGUCAUCUGAAACUUCAGACAGACUUUGUACCACUCAAACCUUAUGUUUGUGCAAAGGACCUAUGCUUGUAUCAGUACCUGGCAUUGGGUCUAGGACCAAAUAUUGAGCACGAGGUCAUAAGUAGCCCCUAUGUAGUAGACCUUCUGAUCAGCUUCUUCUAUACCGGGGAGACUCAAAGAAGUAUUCGAGAAUUUCCGUGUGGGUUGGCCUUGAGGGCACCCGUUAUCCAGCAAUCGGCGCCACACCUUCAGAUCGAGACAUGUAUUCAGUUUCAACAAUUUCGAAUCCUACUGGUCAGGAAUGAACCGAUGGGUACCAAUAUCAGAAAAAGAAUGCGCAACGGAGAUUGGUUUGCAAUGCUCACCAAUAAGGCGGGAUCCAUUGAAAAACACACAUGUUAUGUGUCAGAGACUCUUGACGAUGGCCUUUAUAAGUACGAAACAACCAACUCCAUCAUUUGGCCUAAGAACCGGGCUGAGAUCUCGAUCUCAGAAUUGAUCUUUAGCACUGCCGUCCCCUCCAAAAAAGAUUUCUGGCAGUCGGGGUUUAUAUUUCCGUACGAGCACGACGUUGACAAUCUCGAUGCUGACCAGCGCGCUAUUGCAUUAACGGAGUUGCUUGAUAAUCUCCCCUCCGUGUUACAAAUGAGAAGCUACUUAUUGGAUGAACCUGGCCGAAUGCUAUCCUCUUGGAAACGAAUAAACCCCUCUGCACUGUCUCUUAUGCGUUGGAUUGUCGCUUCAAACACUUCUUACAUCGUCCAAGACGGCCCUGUACCGUCCAAAGACCUUGCAGCUCACUCUAGUAAUGAAAAUCCGCGGUCGGCGGCUAUGAGGAAGGCAACUUCAAAUCUAAUUCGUCCCUUAGAGAAUGGCUGGAUGCAGUUCCGUUUUGCGCAAGGAUCUCCAGAAAAAGAGUAUGCCUUUCUGAAAACUCUACAGGAGAUGAAGAGUAAAAAUCAGUCAACAGCCAAGCCACCAAGCCUCUUCGUCUGGCAUGGCAGCCCGAUUUCCAAUUGGCAUAGCAUAAUUCGCGCAGGACUGGAUUUCCAGCAAACCCGACAUGGGAGGUCCUAUGGCCAUGGGGUUUAUUUCAGCAAACAUAUGGAGGUGAGCAAGGCAUAUUCGACAAGAUUAGAUUUUUGUGCAAAAGCCCCUUUUCGUCACUGUUGGAUGGGUUCAGAACUUAGGAUCUCGCUGGCUUUAAGUAUAUGCGAGAUUGUCAACAGGCCUGAAGAAUUUGUUGCCUCUCAUCCUCACUUCGUUGUUGACAAGGAAGAAUGGAUACAAUGUCGGUAUCUUUUGAUACAGAUUGAUCCCACCGAGAAUGCGCUCAAAAAUCCCCUUUUUGCCCCAUCUGGCCCAGAAUGCACUGGGUAUAUUCAACAAGACCCGGAACACUGCAUUAUGAGGGAAUAUAGUAUGGAUCCCUUGCAAAUUCCACUGAGUGCUCUAUCCAUUGCCAGACAACAAGAGGCUCUGGGUCUGACGUUGGGCAACACGGCAUUGGGCUCCAUCACGGCUGUCACAAAUAAGAUCGAUGAUGAAUCAUGUGACAGUGACAGCGGAGAUCAUCCGGAUAUUUUGGUCGAUGAUAUCUUGAAGCUGUACAGAGCACACGAGAGUCGGAAACGUCAACGCAGUACAUCGCCUGAACCGAGUUCCUGCGGCCUGGCUUCAUCACCAUCACCUUGGAAGAGUACAAAAUGGAGCGAAAUUGGCAAAAAAAACACCCGUUCUACCCAGAACAUGACUGUGUCCUUGGGUUCAUUAGACUAUAAGACCAUCCCUCAACUUCCACCUCCCAGUUGGGCAACAUCAUCGCCGAUGGCCCUCCAAACCCUGACCAGAGAGUUGAAACAUAUUCAUACUAUUCAAUCACAAAAUCAUGCCGCAUCACUAGGCUGGUCUGUCGACACGUUAGCCAUUGACAAUCUCUUCCAGUGGAUCGUCCAGUUUCACUCUUUCGAUUCGGGGCUUCCUCUUGCCAUGGACAUGAAAUCGAGGGGACUAAGAAGUAUUGUCCUAGAGGUCCGCUUCGGUAGCAACUUUCCUAUGAGCCCACCGUUCGUGAGAAUUAUUCGACCUCGCUUCCUGCCGUUCCUAGAAGGGGGCGGAGGUCACGUCACAGCGGGAGGAGCGAUUUGCUCUGAGAUGUUGACCAACUCAGGCUGGUCUCCGGCCAUGAGCAUGGAGAUGGUGUUUCUACAAAUCCGCCUGGGCCUUUGCGAUACAGAGCGUCCAGCAAGGCUGGACACAAGGCAAAGGACCGCCGACUAUGGUAUUGCAGAGGCCGUAGCAGCCUAUAUACGAGCAGCUGUAAACCACGGAUGGGAUGUACCCGAGGAUCUAGAAAAUAUUCAUGCCGGGUGGUUGAUGCCUCCGGCUAGUUGA